CGCUGUCCCGGCGGCUAGUCGUGUGUGAGCCGUCACCACCACCGUUGUUCGUCGUCGUUCGUCGCGGCCGACGUCCGCUCGUCCACUGUCGUCGUCGUAGUCGUCUUCUCGCUCGCCGGUCCAGAUCCUCGACCGUAUAUACAUAUAUAGGUGUUCGGUUUCUUUUGAAGUCUUUUUCACCGUUUCUCCUCCUCGCCCACUCUCUUCACUCCGUCGCUCAUCUUCUCGGGACCCGCGCAAAUUUAUAUUGCACGUCGUUCGGCGCGUGUAAUACCUGUACGCGCGCACAGCACCUACCCAUAUACUCCGUCGCCAACGUUCACCGUCUGCGUCGUGAUAUUGUAGCACAUUUUCUCUUUUCUUCUUCCGCGUCGCUCGCAGCAAAACGACAUUAUAUAGAGAAUAUUGUCGCACUACCACCGCCGCGUCGCCGCGUGUACCACAGAUACACCGGUGCCGGUAAUGGGUGGCCGGUACUGCCGCCGCCGCGAGCCGUCUGCGUCGUCGAUCCCACGACGGACAGCGUUGUUAGUGACCACCACCAUCAACACCACCACCACCGCCGUCGCUACUGCGGCCGUCGCCGUACGCUGAGAGACGCCGCCACAACAGCCAGAAGCCGCGGUAGCGAUGCCGGCGAUGAUUCGGUGCAACUGGUGGCCGUGUCGCCGGCGGUCCGUCCAACGGUCCGUUCGUCCCGUGCCGGUGGUCGUCCCUCCGCGAAGUGGUCACCGCGUCCCAGCGUGAUCGUCGUCGUCGUCGGUUCUGGCCGCGCGCGCACCGUCCACACGCGCGAUGUCGUCGUCGCCGUCAUCGUCCUCCUCGUCGUUCUCGUUGACGUCGUCCUCGUCAAAGAUCGUCGUCGUGCUAUUCCUGUUGACGGCCGUGAAAAUAAAAGAGAGCGUUCAAGGUAGAUUCGAAAGACAACUCUUGGAUGACCUCCUAAUAGAUUACAACCCUCUGGAGAGACCUGUAUCCAACGAAUCCGAUCCACUCGAAGUUACAUUUGGCAUCACGCUACAGCAGAUAAUAGACGUGGAUGAAAAAAAUCAAAUUGUUAUAACAAAUGCUUGGUUAAAUAUGGAAUGGGUGGAUUACAAUAUGAGGUGGAACAUUUCCGAAUACGGUGGUGUCAAGGAUCUCAGACUCAAUCCAAACCGACUGUGGAAACCAGACAUACUCAUGUAUAACAGUGCCGACGAAAAAUUUGAUGGAACUUAUCAAACUAAUGUGGUAGUGAGGCACAAUGGUACAUGCCUGUACGUGCCACCUGGUAUUUUCAAAAGUACAUGUAAAAUCGACAUCACAUGGUUUCCAUUCGAUGACCAGAAUUGCCUUAUGAAGUUUGGUAGUUGGACAUACAAUGGUUUUCAGAUUGAUUUAGUGCUCAAAUCAGAUGGCGGUGAUCUAUCAGACUUCACAACGAACGGUGAAUGGUAUUUGUUAGGUAUGCCUGGAAAAAAGAACGUGAUAACCUACGGCUGUUGUCCAGAACCAUACGUGGACAUCACGUUCAUCAUAAAGAUUAGACGGAGGACGUUGUAUUAUUUCUUCAACCUGAUCGUACCAUGCGUACUCAUCUCGUCGAUGGCUCUACUGGGCUUUACGCUACCUCCGGACUGCGGUGAAAAACUUACACUAGAAAUAACUAUACUACUGUCACUAACGGUAUUUCUGAAUCUGGUCGCCGAGUCGAUGCCAACAACGUCCGAAGCGGUUCCCCUUAUAGGUACUUACUUCAAUUGCAUCAUGUUUAUGGUGGCUUCGUCGGUAGUACUCACAUUGGUGGUACUCAACUAUCAUCACCGAACAGCUGACAUACAUACAAUGGGACCAUGGGUUAAGUGUUUUUUCCUGCUAUGGUUACCAUGGAUAUUGUGUAUGCAAAGGCCAGGUAAAGACAUAUCGUUCAAAGCCAUCAGAAGUAGAUAUACCGAUCGAAGAGGCAUAGAACUCCGAGAGCGAUCGUCAAGAAGUUUAUUAGCCAACGUUCUUGAUAUCGAUGAUGAUUUUCGAGCAAGUGUCCUAUCACACCGUGUAUACAACAAUGGAGCUGCCAGUUCUUCAUCACCGGCGUCUGAGUCAAGAAGCGUUUGCAACUACUCGGCCAGGGAAUUGCAACUAAUAUUACAAGAAGUGCGGUACAUCACUGAUCACAUGCGAAAGCAACAGGAUGACCAAGAAGUAAUCAACGACUGGAAAUACGCGGCGAUGGUAGUGGACAGGUUCUGUUUGAUAGUGUUCACUUUUUUCACAUUAGUCGCUACUGUUGCCGUAAUGUAUUCAGCGCCUCACAUAAUUGUUGAGUGACUUAGACAUUGUGUUCACUUCUUGGAUAUCCAUAUGGUAGUCAUGAUUUUGUUAAAUAUUUAUUUCAGAGUAUGAGUUGUUUUGAAAUAUAAUAAUAAAAGUUUUUUUUAUAAUACCAUAAAAAAUCGACGAAGAGCUUAGAAAAAAAAUUCUAUGAUACACAACGCAUUUACAGGGUGUUAAAAAGAUCACGGGCCAAGAAUGAGUCCUUCUAAAUAAUUUAAUUACGUGUU